CUAAUAUUUCAAUCCCAAAAUGGCUUCUACUUCACGGAUACCUCAUCUUUUGGAGCCCUACAUCUCUCUACCUCCAGAGUCCUCGCUCAAUCUUGUCACCAGCGUGCUUGGUGCAAGCGCGAACUGGCUGGUUCUGCGCCAUGUGUAUUCAUACCUGAGAGGUAGUACAGAUGGGGAUGAGAGCGCCAAGGACACAGGCGUCGUACUGCUGAGCUUCAUGAGAGAUGGUGCCUUUUGGAAAGAGGGCGCUACAAAAUUGGGCCUUGAUUUAGAUGCCCUAAGCAGAGCAGGACGCUUCACAUUCAUCGACGGUUUCUCAGGACUCUAUGGUGAAGCUAAGACCGGGGUGCCAGGCACACGAAAAGAGAGAACGCUUCGGAGUACGAAGCUUGCAGACAUCAAAAGGGAAAUUGAAGGUGCUAUCGCGGAUUUGCGUGCGUCGCGUAAGAUCCUUGUUAUCGACCAACUUGAUGCGCUUCUCGCUGUCACCGAUGACUCAACCACAAGUCUCACACUUCAAGACGCUGUUCUUAGCCUACGCAGUCUUGUUCACAGUACGCUACUCACUCUGUCAGCCGACGUGCCUCUUGUUGCUACCCAAGUUACGACGCUUGAGCGAGAGCACGCCAGCCUCGUGCUUUCUUCAGCGCAUGAAGCUGACAUGGUGAUGGCCCUACGGAUGCUUGAUACAGGGACAGCGAGGGAUGUCAGUGGUGUAUUGCGUAUUACAGGACCUGGAGCAGAGGGCUUGGGUGGUGCUACUGAGUAUUUAUAUCAUGUGGUUGCGGACGGUGGGGUUAAGGUCUUUGAAAGAGGGACAUGAUGGAUGCGAAAUAGGAACCAAAAUCAAAGUCAAGAGCAACCGUCGUGGCAGUUGCGAGAAUGUUAAUCUCAGAACCGCCGCUUGAGAGCCUUUGAGUUUACAGGUCAUACCUCAUUCAACAGGGUAUCAUGCACGAGAAUGCGGAUUUCCAUGACAGACGAAUAGAACUUUUCCUCACAAAUGUCCACUCAAUCGCCACAGGUACGUUCAUGCAGAAUCAAGAUGCCAUUUCAGAACCUCGUAACCGAAACCCUAUAGAAUCUCAGAAGAGCAAAAGGGU